AUGUAUUCUCCGUUCCAUCAGCUCAGAAAACCCGUCGACCAACAGAACGCCCUGGAAAAUGUGUCACAGUUCCCAGCUCAUCUCGUUCCAGGUAGGACGAUCGCUGCAGCCGCAGUCAAUGAAGAUAGCUGCGAGUUUGGGUCACCUAAAUACUUUGCCCUGUGCGGGCUCGGCGGUAUUGUCUCAUGUGGUCUUACACAUACAUUGGUCACUCCCCUAGAUUUGGUAAAAUGUCGUCUUCAGGUGGACCCUGCCAAAUACAAGAACCUCAUCAAUGGUUUUAAAGUGACAAUGGCCGACGAAGGCGCUAGAGGAUUGGCUAAGGGCUGGGCUCCGACUGCCAUGGGUUAUUCCAUUCAAGGACUUGGUAAAUUCGGUUUGUACGAAUAUUUCAAAAUUUUGUAUGCAGACUUGUUGGGAGAAGAAAAUGCGUAUUACUGGCGUACAUCUCUCUACCUCGCUGCCUCUGCAUCUGCUGAACUUUUUGCUGACAUUGGUCUUGUUCCUCUUGAAUCAAUCAAAGUCAAAAUCCAAACUACACCUGGUUUUGCAAAUACCAUGCGUGAAGCGGUUCCCAAAAUGUUAAAACAAGAAGGCGCAUCUGCUUUCUUCAAGAGCUUAGUACCUUUAUGGAUGAGACAAAUUCCUUAUACCAUGAUGAAGUUUGCCUGUUUUGAAAGAACAGUUGAAUUAAUUUAUGCUCAUGUUGUACCCAAGCCAAGGGCCGAUUGCAGUAAAGGAGAACAAUUGAUUGUAACGUUUGCUGCUGGUUAUAUUGCAGGAGUUUUCUGUGCCAUUGUAUCUCAUCCAGCUGAUACAUUGGUAUCAAAAUUGAACCAAGAAAAAGGUGCCUCUUCCGUUGAUGUGUUGAAGAAAAUUGGUUUUGGUGGUUUGUGGAAAGGUUUAGGCCCAAGAAUUAUCAUGAUCGGUACCUUGACGGCUUUACAAUGGUUUAUCUAUGAUUCUGUGAAAGUCACUUUGAACAUUCCUCGACCACUUCCACCAACACCACCGAAGGCAAAGAGUGAAUAA